UGCCCCAAGUGUCUCCAUCUCUGGAAAGGCAAGAGGAAAAGCAUUCUGGGAAUGAUGAAUCUUGUUUUGCUGAUUUCUCUGAAAAGAAAACUUCAUGCACUCAAGUGCUUGCCGAGUUUUUUAUUAUUAUUUUAAAUUAUUAAAUACAGGGGUUCAUUGCGAAUAAUUGAGUAGUAUUAGUAGUAAACCAGCUGAGCAGAUAUCAACUCAGUUUCGAAAGCUUCCUCCGAGCACCAGUUGUAAAGUUGUAGGCAAUUAAAUCUUUGAACAGGAAAUUUCAAAUCGAUAAUCUUCAGAUCAAUUUAUUAGAUUGUACUAAAAGUAAUCUACCUAUCAUGUUGUUUGACAUCUUGAUUCAUCCUUCCCAUCGUUUUUUGUUUUUAUCAGAAAAAAGUCCUUCGUCAACCUUUAGCUCUCUGCAAACUACAAUCCAUUUGAGAAUUCAUGAUCCUAUAUUACAUUUUCCCUUGCUCUAUUCCUCAUUUUGUUCCUUGUCUGCUUCUUUCAUUCGCUUACUUCUCUGCGGUUCAUGGCGAUUCCAACUCUGCUGCUCAAAUUUACGGCAAUCAAAUCUUGAACUCAGCGCAUCAAGAUUUUGAUUGGUUGGUCUCACUGAGGAGGCAAAUCCAUGAAAACCCAGAACUCAGUUUCCAAGAACACAACACCAGUGCUCUUAUUCGCCGAGAACUCGACAAGCUGGGCAUCCAUUAUUCCUACCCACUUGCCGGAACCGGGAUAGUUGCCGAAAUUGGGUCUGGUUCUCCACCUGUGGUUGCGCUUCGGGCCGACAUGGACGCCCUCCCUUUGCAGGAGCUUGUUGAUUGGGAGCAUAGGAGCAAAAUUGACGGUAGGAUGCACGCGUGCGGACAUGAUGCUCACACAACUAUGCUUCUGGGUGCUGCAAAGUUACUUAAUCAGCGUAAAGACAAACUCAAGGGAACUGUAAGACUUAUCUUCCAACCUGCCGAGGAACGAGGUGCUGGUGCAUCUCGGAUGAUAGAAGAAGGAGCUCUUGGUGAUGCUGAAGCAAUAUUUGCGAUGCACAUUGAUCACGAGUUACCCACUGGAAGCAUAGCAAUCCUUUCAGGGCCAGUUUCAGCUUCUGUUUCUUCCUUCGAAGCCAGGAUAGAAGGAAAAGGUGGUCAUGCUGCUGUUCCCCAUUCUACUACAGAUCCAAUACUUGCUGCAUCCUUCACAAUUUUAGCUCUUCAACAACUCAUCUCAAGAGAGGAUGAUCCCCUUCAUAGCCAAGUGCUUUCUGUUACUUUUGUUAGAGGUGGGACUGCAUUUAAUGUCAUCUCGCCAUAUGUGGUGUUUGGGGGCACCUUGAGGAGUCUUACAACUGAGGGAAUGCAUCAACUCCAACGGAGGUUGAAAGAGGUUAUUGAAGGACAAGCAGCCGUUCACAGAUGUACGGCCUAUAUUGACAUGAAAGAAGAAGAUCUUCCAUCAUAUCCUGCACUCGUGAAUGAUGCAAGCCUGUAUUCUCAUGUUGAAAAUGUCGGUAAGCUCGUGGUUGGUGCUGGGAAUGUUAAGGGGGGCAAAAAAGAAAUGGCCUCAGAGGACUUUGCAUUUUAUCAAGAAUUGAUUCCGGCAUUCAUGCUUAGCAUUGGAAUUCGAAACGAAGAACUGGGUUCGAUACAUUCCCCUCACUCGCCUCACUUUUUUCUCGAUGAGAACGUGCUUCCAAUCGGGGCUGCAUUACACGCUGCUCUCGCUGAGACGUAUCUCGACGAGAACCAAUGUCAAUCCUGUUGAAAUCAAAGAGAGAUUCCAAAACACCCUCUUGUUCUUCAAUGUGCUCCUGGCUUCCUUAUAACCAGCUCAAAUACUUUAAGCUUGCUUUGUCUUUGGAUGACGGCAACGAUCCCUGACCCAUAACUCGGAUUGAUAAAGCAUGCAUUUUGUUUGAAUGGAAAAUGGCAAAGAAAGAGAAAAAGACAUUGAAACUCUGUAAGGUGGGUGAAUGAAAUAGAAUGCCCAAGUUCAUGCACCUGUUGACUAAUCUGCUUUUAACACAGCAAAUUUAGAAUUUAA